AUGUGCGUGGAACUUGCAGAUAAGCUUCCUCACAUACAAUCUCUCUGUAUUCAUGAAAUGGUUACUCGAGCUUUUAAGCAUAUAGUUCAAGCUGUUAUUGCUUCUGUUGGGAGCAUAGAGAACAUGUCCUCUGCCAUAGACACAACCUUAAAUUUCUUGCAUGGGUCUUCCAAUCUCAAAGACGAUCUCUCAAAUUGCAAUGGUUACGGACAUUUUCUGGAGAAAUGGUUUCGUUGGAAACUGCUGGAUGAAUUCCAACACCCGAGGAAGUUGUCAAUUCUUAGGGAAGUUUGUCACAAGGUUGGUCCCAAAGGACUACGAUUUGGAAAAGCUCUGCACCAUUUCCAAAGUCUGAUAUCAUUAGCAUAGUGCCAGUCUGCAAGCAUGUUUGCUGCUCAUCUGCUGAUGGGCGAACUCUACUGGAAUCAUCCAAGACUGCACUUGACAAAGGGAAGCUGGAAGAUGCU